UCGAAGACACGCUUUGGAGAGGAGAUAUACAGCGAAAGCGGGUGUAUUGGACGCAUUGGCUGCUUGUUUGGACAUUAAGCCAUGAACACGUUUUCAAUGCUUCGUAAAGUACUCGUGUCGCCUGCAGCUUCCCCGCUGUGAUAUAAACAUAAUAGAGGACGCAUACGCAGACUGCUCAUGCAAAACUCCGAAGUAAGGCGUGCCUGUUUCCCUCUCAGGUGUGUGGACAACCUGGGGAAGAAAUGAGCCCCCCAGACACAUCUAACAGCACAGGAGAAUGGGAGGCUUAUGAAACCGGCGUGUGGACUCUGCCCAACGGAAGCAUGGAUUUAGACCAUCAUGGUUUCCAUACAGACAUUACCAAGCACCUCGGGGUGCAGAUCACCCUCAUCACAGCUUAUUCCCUUAUCAUCCUGCUGGGGCUUCUCGGGAAUGCUCUUGUUAUUUACAUGAUCAUCCGUUACAGGAACAUGCGAACAGUGACAAACUUCUUCAUAGCCAAUUUAGCGCUCGCAGACCUGCUUGUUGACACGUUUUGCCUCCCCUUCACGCUGGUCUACACCCUGCUUGACGAGUGGAUGUUCGGUGCGGUGCUGUGCCACCUGGUGCCCUUCGCCCAGGCACUGAGCGUGCACGUGUCCAUCCUAACCCUGACAGUCAUCGCCCUGGAGCGCUAUCGCUGCAUCGUCUUCUACCUGGGCCAGCGCCUCACGUGGCAUUCCAGCUUCCUCAUCAUGGCUUUCACUUGGACUAUCUCGGCGGUCCUGGCGGCACCCUUGGCCAUCUUCAGAGAGUAUCGCUAUGAAGAGAUCCCCUCCAUUAAUCUGCACAUCGCUGUGUGCUCUGAGAAGUGGCCUUAUGGGACCAACAGGGACGGCGUCAUCUACAGCCUCUCCAUGCUGCUCCUACAGUACAUUAUCCCUCUAGCGAUCAUCAGUUAUGCUUAUAUUUGCAUCUGGGUCAAGCUGAAGAAUCACAUCAGCCCAUCUACUCGCAACGAUAGCAUUAUGCGCCGCAAAAAGACCACCAAGAUGUUGGCUCUGGUGGUGGUGGUGUUUGCCAUCUGUUGGCUCCCCUUCCACAUAUUUCAGCUGGCCAGUGAUCUGGACCUGGUUCUCAAUUUCAAGGAAUAUAAACUGAUAUACACAGUGUUCCAUAUUGUGGCUAUGUGUUCCACUUUUGCCAACCCGCUCCUCUACGGCUGGAUGAAUAAAAACUACAGAAAUGGAUUCUUAAUGGUCUUCUGCUGUGAGGAUAAGCCGGAUUCUUUCCACCCCGAAGGCUCCGUCAGGACUCGUUCUAUGAGGCGGCUGACGCUCAACGGUCGUAAUGGUGGACACCCGCCAGCUGCCGUGUGAGAAGACAUUUGAACAUGUUGCUAUUUUGCGGCACUUGUGGUGCAAAGUAGGAAUGGGCAUUUCACAAAAUGUUCUCAAUAUAUUUCUAAUGGGACGAGAGAAUCUCUCUCCUUCAAGCUCUCUUAAUGUUCUGAACUCCUGUUUCCAUUUCAGUGUUGUACUGAGCAAAAUAACGCAUGUCAACCCAUGCACGGGGCCCUCCACAUCAAAUCUUCUUCUUUUCCUUUCGGCUUGUCACUUUAGGGGUCGCCACAGCGCGUCAUCAUUUCCAUGUAAGCCUAUCUCCUGCAUCCUCCUCUCGAACACCAACUGCACUCAUGUCUUCCCUCACGACAUCCAUCAAUCUUCUCUUUGGUCUUCCUCUAGCUCUCUUACCUGGCAGCUCCAUCCUUAUCAUCCUUCCACCAAUAUACUCGCUAUUUCUCCUCUGGACGUGUCAAAACCAUCGAAGUCUGCUCUCUCUAAUUUUGUCUCCAAAACAUUGAACCUUGGCUGUCCCUCUGAUUAGCUCAUUUCUAAUUUUAUCCAACUUGGUCACUCCAAUAGCGAACCUCAACCUCUUCAUUUCCGCCACCUCCAGCUCUGCUUCCUGUUGUCUCUUCAGUGCCACUGUCUGUAAGUCCUCAGCCCUUGCUAUCGCUUAUCCCUGUAGCCUCACUCUUCCCCCACCAGCCCUCUCAUUCAUGAAGAUAUAUUCUGUUUUACUUCGGCUAAUCUUCAUUCGUCUGCUUUCCAGUGUCUCCAUCUUUCUUAUUGUCCCUCCACCUGCUCACUGCUUUCACUGCAGAUCACAAUGUCAUCUGCAAACAUCAUGGUCCACGGGGAUGCCAGUCUAACCUCAUCUGUCAGCCUAUCCAUCACCACUGCAAAAAGGAAGGGGCUCAGGGCUGAUCCGUGAUGCAGUCCCACCUCCACCUUAAAUUCGUCUGUCACACCUCACCGCUGUUCUGCUGCCCUUGUACAUGUCCUGUAUUAUUCUAACAUAGUUCUCUGCCACUCCAGACUUCUGCAUGCAGUACCACAGUUCCUCUCUGGGCAUUCUGUCAUAGGCUUUCUCUAGAUCUACAAAGACACAAUGUAGCUCCUUCUGACCUUCUCUGUACUUUUCCAUCAACAUCCUCAGGGCAAAUAAUGCAUGCAUCUGUGGUACUCUUUCUAGGCAUGAAACCAUACUGUUGCAAAUACUCACUUCUGUCCUGAGUUUAGCCUCCACCAUUCUUUCCCAUAAUUUCAUUGUGUGGCUCAUCAACUUUAUUCCUCUAUAGUUAUCACAGCUCUGCACGUCACCCUUGUUCUUAAAAUGGGCACCAGCACACUUUUCCUCCAUUCCUCAGGCAUCUCCUCACGCACUAGAAUUCUAUUGAACAAGCUGGUCAAAAACCACACAGCCACCUCUCCUAAAUGCUUCCAUACUUCCACAGGAAUGUCAUCAGGACCCACUGCCUUUCCAUUUUUCAUCCUCUUUAAUGCUUUUCUAACUUCCCCCUUACUAAUCAUUGCCACUUUCUGGUCCACCACACUUGCCUCUUCUA